CAUUCACGUGGUACAGAUCUGUAGGGAUGUCAACGUGAGUGUAGUUGUGUGAAAUUCAUUUUAGAAGAAUAUUUAUUUCUAGGCUAUUAUGAAUAAAUUACCUUAUUUAACCACUCCAUAAUAUUAAGUGAUGAUCCAUGGAUGAUCAACUGGGGUUCAGAUAUAACUUAUGUGUUAUUCGUUCUGGAGUAUAAACGGCAUGAGACAUUAGAGGGCUAAAAAAAAACAUCACCAUGGGCAUUGACUAUAAGCUGAAACAGAGAAUUGAGCAGUACCUUAAAUCUAAGAACAGUGAAUACGUGGACCUUUCCACAUUAUCGACUGAUCUUCAGAAACAGUAUAGAUUCGACUAUGGGAGGAGAAACAGAACAGCCUUUAGAAUACAAGUGGAGAAAACAUAUGAUGUGAUAAACAAAGAUGCUGACAUCACAACAUUGGAAGACAAACAUUUGGCAAAACGAGCCAGACGUCAGGAAGAGGAUGGAGAUGACAGCAGUGCAACAGAUGACACUACUGACAGUGAAGAUGACAUUCAGGAGCAUCAGCACACAAAUACCAUGAACAACUCCUUGAUGUCGCUGUACCGAAAAGGGAACCCUGAUGAGAAUGGAACACCCACCAAAGGACAGGCACUCAGCCCAGCUCCAGCUUCAGGAAAAGACCAGCCUACAGGGGGCGCCAGUGGCAAGUCUACCCCUCUAACUCCGGGAACAGUGGUGUCGGGUGGAGGCUGGUUCAUUGACAGAAGGCGGCGUGUGGAACCAGAAAAUAUCUUGAUUGACUUGUGUGAUGAUGGACCUAGUAGCCCAUCCACGAAUAAACAAACAGAUGUUUCUAUGCUGGAGACGGAGAAGAAGAAAAAGGGCAGAGUAAAGAAGUCAAAAAGAAGAAAGCAAGAAGAAUUUCAAGAAAAUGAUGCAGAUAUAGAGGCCCAAAUUCUGGCAAAAAAAGCGAAGACCAAAGCGCCGGAGCUGCAGCACUCAACAGUGAAAUUUGAGGAUGUUGGUGGAAAUGAGGAAACACUGGCGGAAGUCUGUAAGCUACUAAUCCACAUGCGACAUCCGGAGGUGUACCAGCAGCUGGGUGUGGUUCCUCCACGAGGCUUCCUUCUCCAUGGUCCUCCAGGCUGUGGGAAAACCCUGCUGGCGCAAGCUGUAGCAGGGGAGAUGGAGCUUCCGAUGCUGAAGGUGUCUGCCCCUGAGCUGGUGUCUGGUGUUUCAGGGGAGUCGGAACAGAAGUUGAGGGAGCUGUUUGAGCUGGCUGUGAAGAGUGCCCCUUGCAUCUUAUUCAUUGAUGAAAUCGAUGCCAUCACACCCAAGAGAGAGAUGGCCUCCAAAGACAUGGAGAGGAGGAUUGUUGCGCAGCUGUUGACCUGCAUGGAUGACUUGAACUCUCUGACCAUUCCCGCCCAGGUUCUGGUGAUCGGGGCAACAAAUCGUCCGGACUCUCUGGACCCAGCCCUGCGCCGGGCGGGCCGUUUUGACCGAGAGAUCUGCCUGGGCAUCCCAGACGAAAGUGCUCGCCUCAGGAUUCUGAAGACCUUGUGCCGCAAGUUGAAGCUGCCAGAGGACUUCGACUACCAGAAGCUGGCGCGUCUCACGCCCGGGUACGUGGGUGCUGACCUGAUGGCACUGUGUCGGGAGGCGGCCAUGAGCGCCGUCAACCGCGUCCUUCUGGAGCUCCACGAGAGUGACUUUGCCCUGGCAGAUGAGGGAAGCAGUGCCAUUCCUGCCGACAUGCCCGCCUCACAACCACCCGAUGCCCAGGAGCAGACUGGGGACCCAGAGCCCCAGGUACAGAAUGAUCCAACCGCCAGCACUGCUGAGGAACCCGAUCAGACAGGCCAGUGCCAACCCAUGGAGACUCAGCAGCCAGUGACCACUGCUAUACACGAACAGGGGGAGCUGCAACAGCUUCUUUGGCUGCUGAAGAGGAGUGAGUCCCUGUCAGAGGAGCAGCUGGAGAGCCUCUGCAUUCUGAUGUCGGACUUCCAGGCAUCCCUAGCCAGCGUCCAGCCCUCUGCCAAGCGCGAGGGCUUCGCCACUGUGCCUGAUGUUACGUGGGAAGAUGUGGGUGCCCUGCAGGACAUCCGCGAGGAGCUGACCAUGGCCAUACUGGCUCCUGUCCGCAAUCCAGCACAGUUCAAAGCACUGGGUCUUAGUGCCCCAGCAGGGGUGUUGCUGGCUGGGCCUCCGGGAUGUGGGAAGACCCUUUUGGCAAAGGCAGUUGCCAAUGAGUCUGGCCUCAAUUUCAUCUCAGUCAAAGGUCCUGAGUUGCUGAAUAUGUAUGUUGGAGAAAGUGAGCGGGCCGUGCGACAGGUGUUUCAGAGGGGACGUAACUCGGCCCCCUGUGUGAUCUUCUUUGAUGAGAUAGAUGCGCUUUGUCCACGCCGGUCUGGACACGAGUCUGGAUCCAGUGCUCGUGUGGUCAACCAGCUUCUCACUGAGAUGGACGGUCUGGAAACUCGCCGGCAGGUUUUCAUUAUGGCUGCAACCAAUAGGCCAGAUAUAAUUGAUCCGGCUGUGCUAAGGCCAGGCCGCCUGGAUAAGACCUUGUACGUGGGCCUACCACCCCCUAAGGACCGACAUGCCAUCCUGCUCACCAUCACCAAGGGUGGUACCAAACCUCAGCUGGAGGCAGAUGUGAAUCUUGAAGAGAUCGCGCAGGACGAACGUUGCGACUGCUUCACGGGGGCAGAUCUGUCCGCUCUGGUGAGAGAGGCUUCAGUGAACGCGCUGAGAACUCACCUGUAUUCCCGCUCGGCCUCCACCCUCACAGGCCACACCUUUACCUCUGGUCCGGUUGAAGACAUCCUCGUCAGUCAGCAGAACUUUGAGGAUGCCUUUAAGAAAGUGCGUCCAUCUGUGUCAAAGAAGGACCAACUCAUGUAUGAAAAAUUGAAAGAAUCUCUGAGCAGAUGAAGAACUGUCACCACAUUUCCUUGACAGUUGUGCUUGAGGACCCGUUUCCCUUGAGGAAACCUUAAGAAGAACACCAUAUCUAUCCUGCCAAGCCGUUUCUUUUGAGACGCUUUGUUUGUAGGAAGUGGAGGCAUUGUUGAUCUAAAAUGUGUUUUGUACUAAUUUUUUAGGUCAUUUUUAAUAAACUAGUUCCCCCUGUCUACAA